AUGUACAGUGUGCCAUCAAUGAAGACAAUCUUCAAGGCAAACAUUUUAAAAGAACUGAAUGAAAAAUGUACUGAACUGUGCAAGAAGAAUACACUAUCAAUUCUGAGGAAAAACCAAUAUCCUGACCUGGCGGGCUUUGAUUGGAAUUCUAUUCUUAGUGAAAUUUCACAAAGAUAUUCACUCUUGCUUGAUGUCAUGACAACAACUAUUGGAUCAAAACUGAAAUCCAACACCAUCCCUUCAAUUUGCUUAUGUUACGGUAUACCCAUGUGGAAGCAGAACCAUGACCUAAGCCUAAUUCAGAGAAUCAAUAUACUAUUUUACUUGCAGAAGGAAAUGCUAAGAAGCAGGUUGAUUGAAAAAGAACACUUACCAGUAAUUACAUGUAAAAUUAUUAUUUUUUCACUCAAACAGUCAAACUUGAGGCUGUGUAAUGUAGUUCCAACUCAGCCAUGUUUGCAUACAGAUAUUAAGUAAAUGAUUUAAAUGACAUUUAAGCCAAGGGGUAAUUCUUAUUUCCUUUUGGUAAAUUCGGGACAGGGUGCUUAUUUUUUUGAGAACAACUGAAUGUUCCAAAAAAGUAACAAUAACAGACAAAAAUAGAAACUGUACUUCUCUUUGUAACUGUACUAAAUAUAAGGUGAAUGUUCAGUUAACGUGAGAAACUCGGACAAAAGGGGGGCACUUAUUGGAAGGAGUGCGCUAAAUCGAAUCACUUGGAAAAGAAUAGUUCAAGUGCCUUUAAUCUGGUGCAGAUCAGAGGAACUGCGUUAGGAAAGUAAAGAGAGUAAAUCUUAGGUUUGGUAAAUAUUAUGGUGUGUAAGAAUUAAAAAAAAAAUCUUUCUAACAGGGGUAAAAAGAGCCAAACCAUGUGCCAUGAUUACAAAAAAAUUCUAACCACAUUGAUUCGGUUUGAUAGCUUAUCGACAGAUGUCAAAGUAUUGGAUUUUGCCUCGGGCACACAAGCAAACUGA